GGAAGUGGAGUCCACAACAGAGCCUGCUGUCUAUGAUUGCAUCCCAGCUCUGACAGUUUCUGUUUCCAGAUAAUAAUUAUAAUAAUUAAAAAGAUGCAGCUUCACUUCACUAAAGACGUGUUGCCGGAUUCUGUUAGCACCGACUUUCAGAACCUCAACAAACUCAACGAGCAGCAAUUUCUGCGUCUGAUUGAAAUUCUGUUCCAGUUCCUCCUGGGGCCUAAAGAGACCGAGAGGUUCAUGCAGCAGCUUGGUGAGUUUGCAGGGGAACAUGGGAUGAGUGCUGGUCCUCUGAGGAGCCUGAUGAAGAGCGUCCUGCUGGUGCCACAGGGCGCCUUGAAGAAAAACCUGACAGCCGAGCAGAUCAAAGAAGACCUGGUGAUAUUAGGACUAAACCAAGACAAGGCGGCUCACUUCUCACAGCAGUGGGGGGAGCACUAUGCAGCGCUGUCCACACUCGCUGUGGGACAGACUUUGAUGGUCAACCAGCUGGUUGACAUGGAGUGGAAGUUUGGAGUGACUGUUGGCACCAGUGAAGUACAGAAAGUGGGCAACAUCUUUCUGCAGUUGAAGCUGGUGGUCAGAAAGGGGAAUUCCACAGAAAACAUCUACAUGGAGUUGACGCUCCCACAGUUUUACAACUUCCUACAUGAGAUGGAGAGAGCCAAGGCCAGCAUGGAGUGUUUCAGCUGAGCCUGUGUGUGUGUGUGUGUGUGUGUGUGUGUGUGUGUGUGUGUGUGUGUGUGUGUGUGUGUGUGUG